AUGAAAGAUCCACACGCAACCCAAUCAAUCAUUACAGCUACGCUCGCCACCACUACAAUAAUUUCUUCAACACAAACGCCAGAUUUAGAUUCGGAUUCCACCUUAACUAUCCCCAAAGAGUUCAAUGAUCCUAACACGCUGAGAUUACUACAAUGGGUAGUAUUGCUCGCUUGUAUAUUUGGAGGAGCAUUCUUUUAUCUUCUUGCAACAUUUAUUCAUUUGUGUGUCCACACGUACUAUUCAAGAACACGUCUUUUCAUGAUAACAACAAUUGCAUGUGGAUUUGGAACUCUACGUUUAUUUUUGAGUCUAUAUGAUUUCGCUACCUUUUUUGCACAAACAACACCAAAAACCAUACUAUUUAUAUGCCUAAACAUCUUAGCAUUUGGCCUAAGUGACCUGGUUCUUUACCUUCGUGCUGCACCAUUCUCAAAAUAUCCACUAAUAACGCUAAUAAUCUGGGCCUUGACCUCCAUCACCAAAAUAGUUUUGUUCAGUUUAAUCGAUGAACCUCGAUUCAUGUACCAAUACAAUCAAAAAUACAUCCUACUCAUACAACAUCGACUAAUCAUCUUCAAUGUUGUCUACGACGUGAUAACCAUCGUCUACUACGCAUACAUCUCGUGGGUGUUCAUCGAACAUUUGCGAGAGCGUGGAUUACUAACCACCGGACAUGUGUAUGGGCCCACGAAUGAUCACGCCGUGAAAUUUCGUCGGCUAGUGCAUGUCUCGAUCACUUACGGACUCUUGGGAAUGGGUGUCGUGGCAUUGACGAGAUUUUUGAGAGUUAUCCUCUCUUCGAAUGGUGAUGUCAGCUGUUUGAUGCUGGGAUUGGCGGUUGCGGCCGAAGUGUGUAUAGUUCCGUGUAUGAUCAAGGCGGAAAUAGAAAGCAAGAGAAGUGUGAUCAGACUAUUGAGCGAUGGUGGUGCUUAUGGUUCUGGUGGUGGGGGAAAUGUCGAGAAGCACAUGUCAGACGGAGCCGACAGCAUCAUGAAAUGGAGGAGUAGUGUAUUGGACAAUAAUCGUCAUGUUAAUAUCGAUAAUACUGAUAAUGGGAGCAGUCCUAGUAUCAUCGUUGCUGGCGUUGAUGAUGAUAUUCGGAAUACCAUGGAUAAUCGCCCGAGAAAUCUAAUCAUUUCUUUGGGGUCAUCAAUUAUUGACUUGGAAGAUCAUAAUGGUUCGAGGAAUCAAUCACAAUUAUUGUCACCAUACACAUGUUCGAUCAGUUCCACACCAAUCGUGGAUUCACCACCAGGCACACAUAAAACACUUGAUACCACCAACACCAAUACAAGAUAA